AAACAACCCAUGUUCGGGAAGAGCUGCUUUAGGUUGGAUCCACCACCUGCCAUUUGGUUACCUACGUUACAAGAAAAACAUUAUGAAGAUGAUGAUGAUGAUAUAAGGGAGAACGAGGACUUCAAGAAAACUAAACACCAAGGUGAUACCAUUUUUCCUUGGAUGCAGAAACGUCACUCUCUAAUAGGACAUGGUAAAAAUGUUGAAGAGUCGAAAAGAAAUCGGACAACCUAUAGCCAGCACCAAAUUCUGGAAUUGGAGAAAGAAUUUCUCUUCGAUAAAUAUCUUAACAAAAGAAGAAGAGUUGAAAUUGCCGAUUCUUUAAAUCUGAGAGAAAGACAAAUCAAAAUUUGGUUCCAAAAUCGACGUAUGAAGUGGAAAAAGGAACAUCAAUUCAACUGUAAAAACCGAAUGUGGCAUCCAGGUACCAAAACAGCCUCGGCAGCAGCUACAACUGGAACAACAGAGAAUACAACUUCAACAACUACUGCAAGAGCAGCAGCAGCAACAAUAUCAACAGCUUCAGCACCAUGGUCCAUAUCAUGA